GCCACCGAAACAAAGGCCAUCCCCGUUUACUUUUGGCGUGUUUCUCAGCUGCAUCGCUAUAACUCGGGCCAUGCUAACGACGGAGCUCCGAGCCGUCGAAUGAGGACGAGCCGCAUCAAACCGGUGCUGGUGGUGCGAAAUUCCGUGUCUUCCUUCUCAUCGUCUGCGUCGAGCGCCCUCGUCCAGACUACCAUCUCGGCCAACCUACAGGAAAAGAAGAAGAAGAAGAAGGGUACGAAGAAAGAGGGUGUUUGGAGGUGGGACGCGGUGGUGGCGGAGCUAGCGCGGUAUGGAGACUCAGCGGAUGCCCUCCGAGCCUACGCCUCGAUGCGGAGGCGCGACGUCGGUCCCGGACCUUCCACGAUCCCUUGCGCCCUCAAGUCCUGCGCAUCACUUGGAUCCCUGGCUUCCGGGAAGAUUCUCCACCACCAAGCCAUUGUCUCCGGCCUUGAUUCCGACGUCUUCGUCGCAUCCGCUCUUGUUGACAUGUACGCGAAGUGCGGGAGCCCGGACGAGGCGCGGAAAGCGUUCGAUGAAAUGCCGGUGAGAAAUGUCGUCUCCUGGACAGCCAUGAUCAAUGGGUAUGUCCAGAACGGGCUUGCGGGAGACGCAGUUUCGGUUUUUAAGGCGAUGAGGGCUGAGGGUGCGGUCGAUGUGGAUUCUGUAGUUAUGGUUAGCGGCAUUUGUGCCUGCGCGCGACUGGCAGAGAUGAAUUUGGUGACGGGUCUUCAUGGGCUCGUAGUUCAGGGAGGGUUCGAAUCCGAUGUUUCAGUGAACAAUACGCUUUUGGAUGGGUAUGCGAAAUCGUCGGGGAUUUCAGACGCUCGCAAGUUGUUCGACGAAAUGACUGAACGGGAUGUUGUAUCGUGGAACACCAUGAUUGCAGUUUAUUCGCAGAAUGGUCUUGCGAAAGAAGCUUUAGAUCUCUUCUUCUCGCUCAUCAGAGAUGGUACGGUUGGUCAUAAUGCCGUAACUCUGUCGGCAGCAUUGUUGGCUUGCGCACAUUCAGGUGCACUGCAGACGGGAAAGUGUAUACACAAUCAAGCUUUUAAGAUGGAAUUGGAGGACAAUGUCUACGUGGGCACAUCCCUAAUUGAUAUGUACUGCAAGUGCGGUAAAGUAGAGAUGGCGAGGAAGGGAUUUGACAGGAUGCAGAAUAAGAACAUUAAGUCAUGGACAGCAAUGGUGUCAGGGUAUGGGAUGCACGGGCGUGGAAAGGAAGCUCUUCAGGUGUUUCAUAAGAUGCAGGAGGCAGGUGUUGAGCCAAAUUAUAUAACAUUUGUGUCAGUUCUUGCAGCUUGCAGCCACGCUGGGUUGGUCGACGACGGGUGGCGUUGUUUUAAGAGCAUGACUAACGAGUAUGGCAUUUCUCCGGGGGUUGAGCAUUACGCUUGCAUGGUUGAUCUGCUUGGUCGUGCUGGUUCUCUGGAUGACGCUUAUGAACUCAUUCGGGGAAUGUCAGUGAAGCCCGAUUUCAUUGUGUGGGGUGCGUUACUUGGUGCUUGUAGGAUCCACAAGCAUGUCAAGCUUGGAGAGAUUGCAGCUCGGAAAUUGUUUCAGCUUGAUCCUAGAAAUGCUGGUUAUUAUGUUCUCCUGUCUAAUAUCUAUGCGGAUGCAGGCAGAUGGGAUAAGGUGGAGAAGAUGAGAAUUUUGAUGAAGAAGAAGGGAGUUGUGAAACCACCAGGAUACAGUUUGGUGGAGCUGCAUGGUAAGAUCAAUGUAUUUUUAGUUGGGGACUUGGAGCAUCCACAACAUAAAGAGAUCUACACAUUCUUGGAUGGCUUGAGCACAAGAAUGCAGGUAGCUGGUUAUGUGCCUGAUAUUAGAUCCGUGUUGCAUGAUGUAGAUGAAGAGGAGAAAGAAACCAAUCUGCGGAUUCACAGUGAAAAACUUGCUGCUGCCUUUGGAAUCCUGAACUCUGUUCCAGGUUCAUCUAUCCAAAUAAUUAAGAACCUCAGAAUGUGUGGAGACUGCCAUGCUUGGAUGAAGUUGGUCUCUAAGAUCAUGAACCGUCAGAUUGUUGUCCGGGAUGCAAACAGAUUCCACCAUUUCGAGAACGGCAACUGUUCCUGUGGGGAUUACUGGUAGUGUUAAUGGUUAAUGGACAGAGAUGAAGUCCAUAGUGGCCUGCUCGACAGCAUUGGUUUGGACUAGCACCCUGAGAAUAUCUGGCACCUCUUGAAUGAGUGCAAUCUAUUACUCAUUUGUGAAAUCCCCAGUACCAAAACAGAAGCCAAAAAGCGAACUAGCAAGCAUCUAGAGUCGGUUUUGGACAGAAGUGUGCGCUUCAGAGCCUGGCUUUGCUGCCACUGAGGCCUCCUAAUAUUGGGGCAAUUGAAAUGGGUAGAUACAUGAGUGCAAGAAUGUGAACGAAAGCACCUCCUGCUGCAUGAGGAGAAGACUUCCCAAGCUGUUGGGAACAUCAAAGGGUCAAAAAUUGAGCAAAAAAUUGCCAAACAAAGGCGCCAAGGAAGCUUCCACUGUGCUAAGGGACCAAGUCCACCCAAGGGGUCAAGAGUUCAAUAUCCAGGCUGCUGCGAUUAUGUGGAUAAUAUAUAUAAUCUAGUAGAGGCUCUCUCUCUCUCUCUACACAAUAUCAGCCCAAUUUAUAGGAUUUUAGUUGAAACUUCUUGUUAACUAGGGUUGUAUUGCAAGGAGCUGACCCAUGAUGAGAGGAUAGCGACCAAAAACUAAAAACUGAGAAAAAUAUUUUGGUGCUCCUAACAAUUGGAAUUCUAUGUGGGGUUGUAUAGUUCA